AUCUCAGCCAACUCGGCCGAAAUUUUGAAAGAUUUGGUUGUUUCGGUCUGAAAUUUCAGAAAAAAAUACCUAGUUUUGGCAAAAUUACGGUGGCUUCAGCUCAAAUUUCAAAAAUUUCGAACAACCCAGAAAAAAAGUACCUGGUUUCGAACCGAAAUCUUGGUUUCAGCCAAGGCCAAAACUUACCCAAAACCCGAGGUUUCGAACCUUGCUACACUAAUACUAAUCUUAGUAAGCUUUGAUAACCCAACCCUAUGCCACCUUAGAACCACCAGCAUAGAAGGAAAGAUAUAUAUAUAUAUAUAUAUAUAUUGGAAUGAUGCACUUUUGUCCACUCCACCACACAAUUGCUCAAACAUAUAUCACUAAAUUUCUCUAAAUUGAGAUCAUACUUUAAUUGGGGCUUUCCAUUUUCCCUGGAACUCCCACUUCCCCCCUCCCCCACUCUCUCCCCUUUUUCCUUUUUCCUUUUCUAAUGGAAUUAAGUGGUAUUGUGGAAUCUCUUGAGCAAAAGACCAUCUUAGUAACCGGUUCUACUGGUUUUCUAGCAAAAUUGUUUGUUGAGAAAGUUCUGAGAGUUCAGCCUAAUGUUAAAAGACUCUUCCUUCUUCUAAGAGCAUCAGAUACCAAUUCAGCUCUACAAAGGCUACAUGAUGAGGUGAUAGGGAAGGAAGUGUUUAAGGUUCUAAGGGAUAAAUAUGGUGAUGGUUUAGAUUCAUACAUAUCGGAAAAGCUAAUUCCGGUCGCCGGAGAUAUUGGUAGUGAGAAUUUAGGAGUGGUAGAUUACAGUUUGAGAGAAGAAAUGUGCAGAGAAAUUGACAUAAUCUUCAACUCCGCCGCCUUGACGGAUUUUGAUGAAAGAUAUGAUCAUGCAUUGAGUACUAAUACCUUAGGAGCCAAGCAUGUGUUGGACUUUGCAAAGCAAUGUCCUAAGCUAAAGAUGCUUCUCCAUGUAUCCACUGCUUAUGUUGCUGGAGAGAAAGAAGGACUCAUACUAGAGAAUCCAUUUCUUUUGGGGGAAACACUCAAUGGAACCACUGGAUUAGAUAUAGAACAAGAGAUGAAGUUGGUACAAGAAAGAUUGAAUCAACUUGGGGCUGAAGAAGUGACUCAAAAAGCACAAACACUUGCCAUGAAAGAUUUGGGACUAGAAAGGGCAAGAAUGUAUGGGUGGCCAAACACAUAUGUCUUCACAAAGGCUAUGGGUGAGAUGCUUCUUGGGCACUUGAAAGAAAAUAUACCUCUUGUUAUCAUACGCCCAACCAUCAUCACAAGCACUUACAAAGAACCAAUCCCAGGUUGGACUGAGGGUCUUAGAACCAUUGAUAGCUUGGGUGUUGCUUAUGGUAAGGGGAAACUUCCAUGCUUCCUUGGAGAUCCUAAGUCCAUUAUUGAUCUAAUUCCUGGUGAUAUGGUGGUGAACUCAAUUAUUGUGGCCAUGGUGACUCAUAUGAAUCAAGCAGGAGAGUUUAUUUAUCAAGUUGGAUCCUCUAUAAGAAACCCUACAGAUUUUAACAAGUUUCAAGAGUAUGCAUUCCAUUACUUCUCCAAGAAUCCAUUGAAGAAUAAAAGUGGAAUGCUAGUCAACGUUCAACGGAUUGCAAUAUUCACUGACAUGGAUAGCUUCUACAGAUAUGUUUCUAUACGUUACAUCCUACCAUUGAAGGUAUUUCAACUGGUAAAUAUAGCAUUUUGCAAGUAUUUCCAGCGCGAAUAUGAUAAUCAAAAUCGAAAGAUGGCCUUCGUGAUGCGAUUGGUGAAACUUUACAAACCAUACUUGUUCUUCAAAGGAGUUUUUGAUGAUCUGAACACAGAAAAGUUGAGAAUGGCAAUGGAAGAGAAUCAUGCAGAGGCAAAUAUGUUCUGUUUUGAUCCUAGAUCCAUAGAUUGGGAUGAUUAUUUUAUGAAUAUUCACUCCCCUGGAGUUAGAAAAUAUGUUUAUAAAGGAUGAUAUUAAAAGGAAAGGAAUCCACCAAAUGGUGUGAUGUUGUAAGCUGUUACAUUCUUAAAUCUAAUAGUUGUAAAUCCAUGCGGUACCACAGCCUUGUAAUAAGCAUAGUUUUAAAAUGAACCAGACAGAACUGUUGAAGUGCUUGGUUUUA